GCGGCAGGGACGCCGGGCGCGCGCUCAGUUGUCCCCGCUGCUGUCGCCGGCCUCUCCACAGCCCGGGAGCCGCCCGCGCAGCCGAGGGGAAUAGGAAAGUGAAUUGUGUGUCCUCCUAGCAACCUUCAAUUAAACUCAGACUGCCAUAGAUCAAACAACAGAACAGAUGGAUAAUGGAGACUGGGGAUAUAUGAUGACUGAUCCAGUCACAAUAAAUGUGGGUGGACACUUGUAUACAACAUCCCUCACCACUCUGACAAGAUAUCCCGAUUCAAUGCUUGGGGCCAUGUUCGGGGGAGACUUCCCCACUGCCCGCGACUCUCAGGGCAAUUACUUCAUUGACCGAGAUGGACCACUUUUCCGGUAUGUUCUUAAUUUUUUACGGACUUCAGAGUUGACUUUGCCCCUGGACUUCAAGGAAUUUGACUUGCUUCGAAAAGAAGCAGAUUUUUAUCAAAUUGAACCCCUAAUCCAGUGUCUUAAUGACCCCAAGCCUUUGUAUCCUGUGGAUACCUUUGAGGAAGUAGUGGAGUUGUCCAGCACACGGAAACUUUCCAAAUAUUCCAAUCCAGUGGCAGUAAUCAUAACACAGUUAACCAUUACAACUAAGGUCCAUGCGUUACUGGAAGGCAUUUCAAACCACUUUACCAAGUGGAAUAAGCACAUGAUGGACACAAGAGACUGCCAAGUUUCCUUUACUUUUGGGCCAUGUGAUUACCACCAGGAAGUUUCCCUCAGAGUCCAUCUGAUGGAGUACAUUACAAAACAAGGUUUCACUAUCAGAAAUACAAGAGUUCACCAUAUGAGCGAGCGGGCCAAUGAAAAUACAGUGGAGCACAACUGGACUUUCUGUAGACUGGCACGGAAAACGGAUGACUGAUGUAUGACUCCACAGAUGCCAUUUCAGUGGUUACAUGCAACUUCCGGGAACAGCAUACCUGAGGGAAUCUGGUUUUGACUAAAGCAACAGCAUGGGCUUUCUUUAUGAGACUAUUUAUUAAUAACUAUUAAGGACUGGAGAAGUUACAUGCUCUAGCAGAUCUGUGUUUUGUCUUGUCCAGAAAAAGAUAUGCAUGUGCCUGUUCACACUGUUAAGACACCUUUUUUUAAAGAAGGAGUCUUAAAAAUCAGUAUGGUAGGAAAUUUUAUGUCAGCUCUUUCGACCUAAAGUGCUAAAUUCACUUAUUUAAAUGGUCUGUAAUCCAUUUAAUGCUAAAACACUGGGAAUAAAGAACAAACAGGAUUUAAGAUGCAGAUGGGGGAAAUGCUAGCAUCAUGUAAACUAACCUAGUUUCUAAAUCAUUUAACAGUAUUGUAAUAUUUUAGGAAAACAAAUCCUACCCUUUUAAAGUACUUGUUAAGUACGGCUUUUUACAGUUAUGACGACUGUUUUUCUAUGCAUAUAAAUCAAGCAACCAAAUAUUAUCUGUAGCCGUGAAAGUGUGAGUAGAAAUAUUUAUAUGAGAGUCUGAAUGCAAAAUAUCCCUGUGGUAGAAUUCAUACUUUUAAUGCCCGGUGCAAUAUUAUUCCCAAAUGUAAUGCCUGCCAGCAAGAAGCUAAUAAAAUGUCAAAUAUGGA